UCAUUUUUCUUCUCUGAUUGUGUUGGAUAAUUUCAAGGGAAAUGAGUGGGUCCGGAAAAGGUCUACUGGGCAUGUGGCUGUACAGGCGAGGAGAGGAGUGGGCAAUCAAAGAAGGAAGUCCUAUGCAUAAACCGAACGAUAUGCCGAUGAUGGAGAAACACGAGCAAACAGACACGAAGAAUUCCGUUGUUUUUUCCCUGAAGAAUCAGGUUGGAGGAUUAGUACGAGCACUACAAGUAUUUCUAGAUUUGGGGGUGAAUGUCGUGCAUAUUGAGUCGAGAAAGUCCGUUCGACGUGGCUCGGAGUACGAGAUACUCGUGGAUGUGGAGUGUGAAUCCAAAAGGAUGGAACAACUCAUGAGAAUGCUGAAUAGAGAAGUUGCUGCUAUAAAUUUGUCUCAGUAUGAACAAACGGGCACUGUUCCACGUCCACCAUCUCUAUCGGCUGCACCAAGUUUCGAUUUCAGUGAAGUCGACAUGCCAUGGUUCCCUCGUAAAAUAUCCGAUCUUGAUCAAGCGCAGAAGGUCCUGAUGUAUGGAACCGAGCUGGACGCCGAUCAUCCUGGAUUUAAAGAUCCGGUGUAUCGAAAACGUCGCGAGCAAUUUGCGGAUAUAGCUAACAAUUACAGACAUGGCCAGGCUAUUCCACGAGUGCAGUAUACACCCGAAGAGAUAAAAACUUGGGCUACUGUCCUCCGUGAAUUGCAUCAACUUUAUCUGAAGCAUGCGUGCAAGGAGUAUCUCGAUAACUGGCCUAAACUGGUGAAAUAUUGUGGUUACAGGGAAGAUAAUAUUCCACAACUGCAAGACAUUUCCACCUUCCUGAAACGAAUGACUGGAUUUCAACUGCGACCUGUUGCCGGCUAUUUGUCACCACGUGACUUCCUUGCGGGACUAGCCUUCCGAGUUUUCCAUUGUACUCAGUAUAUACGUCACGCUUCAGAUCCGUUCUACACACCUGAACCGGACUGUUGCCAUGAACUUCUGGGUCAUAUGCCCCUCCUUGCCAACCCCAGUUUCGCCCAAUUCUCGCAAGAGCUUGGACUAGCAUCCUUGGGAGCCUCCGACGAUGACAUCGACAAGCUCGCAACUCUUUAUUUCUUUACCGUCGAAUUCGGUCUCUGCAAACAAGAUGGCGUUCUCCGAGUCUACGGAGCCGGCCUACUUUCUUCAGUAGCGGAGCUCCGACAUGCAGUUACUACUGAAAACAAAAUAUUUCGAUUUGAACCCGAAGUCACUUGCAAGCAAGAAUGCAUCAUCACUGCUUUCCAAAAUGCUUAUUAUUACACGGACAGCCUCGAAGAAGCUAAAGAAAAAAUGCGAGCUUUCGCUAACCAGAUUCAACGUCCAUUUGGCGUUCGCUACAAUCCUUACACUCAAUCGGUGGAAGUCCUCACAGACGCACAAAAAAUAACAGCCCUGGUUAGUGAACUUCGCGGAGAUCUCUGCAUAGUAUCAAACGCCCUCCGAAAGAUCCAUGAGCAAGACGAUACAGUGGACAUCGAAAGGAUAACAAACCUCUUGAACCAUGGAAUCGACUUGCCUCGGGAGUCUUCAUCCUCAGAUAGUGACGACGGUGACAAAAGUCCGAAUGUCCACGAGCCUGAAACAAACAUCGGGAACACAUCGACCGAUAAAGAAUCCCAUCCCGACCCCUUUCCUUAAUCGCCAACGUUGAGCAGAAAUACUCGAUGGUUUGCAAUAAAGAAUUCAAAUAUAGAUCAAAGAUAAAUUAACGGGAAUAUUUUCAAUGAAAAAAUGAGGUUUGGCUGCAUAAAAUGUUUAUUAAAUCAAAUGACAAAUCAUGGUUCAUUUUUUUCUUAAUAAUUUGAGGAGGAAUGAAAAAAUAUCAAGCUUUUUAUUUGGGUUCUCAUAAAUUUUAAGAAACUCCAACGCUACUUAAACAAUUAUAUCUUCUUUCCUAAUAAAUUUAUCUCGGUAAUUAAUAAUUAAAAACCACAGGGAAAAUCGAAGCGCUGUAGCAACCCCAAUGGAAUCUCGGUAUCGAGAUCGCACUUCGACUUUCUUCGUGGUUUUCAAUUUUUAUUUUUGCGAGAUUAAAGGAUGCAACUUGACUUCAUCAAAGAGAAUUUAAUUCUCCUUCGAACAGCGUUGGUUUCAUUCCUUAAUAUUUGUUAGGAACGGCGACGUAAUUUUUUAACAAACAGGCGAAUUUUCAGGCAGCUCCUGCAGCUGCUCGAAUCGACGGUGGCGCGUUCCACCUCUGGGAUCCCUAUUAGCGUUGAGGUGUAGUUACCUGGCUCCCCGGAUCUGAGCCACUAGUGCCACUACUUUAGCUUAUCCUCGUUGGUGCAACUAAAGACGAUUUACUGAAUGACGUCUCAGCAAAAGAGGAUUGCCCGAAUAAAGCCUCAGUUCUCCAGGACGGAGUGAUCUCAGAGUGUUCAUUUUUUUCAUUUCCCUCCCCUUCCUCUUACCCACCGCAGCCUGUCAUCUCUUUCUGCCGCCGCAGGGGAGUAGUACCGUAUGGUGGGGACACCACCACACUCGAACGUUUUCCUCACCGUCGUGCGACCGGGUAUUCCACGCCCCUGAUUCGUCCAACUUCAACCCUGAAUAAGUUGAAGAGGGUGCGUCUGAUCAAAAAGUCGCUCAGGACUUUUCGAUCCAGAAUUUCACCCCCAACUUAAGUUUAAAGUCUGGACGUGCAAUUCUGGGACACUCUGUAUACCUUUUUUAGCUGUAAUUAUCCAUUGCCAAUCAAGGGCAAAGAGAGCAAGCAUGUCAGCUAGAACCAGAGGCUUGUGGAGCCCGGCAAGUUAUAAUUUUAGACGAAGAAAAAUAAAAAACAUGUCGCAGCCGAAAUUUACCCACUGGCAGGACUUACCAGGUCUUUGAUCGGGGUUAGAUUCUCAGCAACCCUAACAGGAGAUGAGGAAUGGCCGACAGUCGGCCAGCAUUUGCCAAAUGUCGGUCAUUCCUCAUCUCCUGCCAGGGAAGUACUUCUUUUUUUAUACUUACUAUUAACUUUUUCUCAUCAGUAAUGACAAAUAUUUUUAAUAUUUAAGGGAGGGUGAACCGUCAGGAGACUCAUUCGGAGGAGAAUUAAAGGUCAUGAGGGUUACUUCGGGAAGGGUUAAAUGUCCUCAGAGUCGAUUGGGGGAGAAUAAAAUGGCGCGAGAGUCGCUGGGGGGAGGUUAAAUGUCAUGAGAGUCGAUGGGAGGAGAGGCAAACCUCACGAGGGUAACGUGAGGGAUGCCCACUAGAGUGAAAGUUAAGUGGCGUGAAAACCGGUUAAGGGAAAAUGACCUCAUGACACUCUCUCCAGUGACUCUCGCGACGUUUUAUUUUCCACCAAUUGACUACCACGACCUGUAAAGCUCCCUCGAAUGAGUCUCCUGACGCUUGACCCUCCCCCAAAUAUUAAAGAUAUUCAUCAUAACUGAUGAGAAAAAAUUACAGGUCAAUAAUAAGUAAAAAAGAAAGUAUUUACUGGGAAUCGAACCUGGAUCGACCGCGUGGUAAGUCCCGUCCGGAGGUAAAUUGUUACCGCAACAUAUUUUGUAUUUCGCUUUGUGUAAAAUUAUCAUUUUUGUCACUGCUGCCACAUUUAGCCCGUGUUGAAAAGUGCCUUUUCGUUUACCAGUAAAUGAAAAAUGCCACAGUUGGCCACUCGUUACUGGUAAACGAAAAGUGUUUUCGUUUACAAGUUUUGACUUUUCCGUUACAAUUGACCGACAAAACACUUUUCGCCGAGUUCCGUCGACGCAGAACUGCGAUUACUGAGAUCCCGGCUUAACUGACUGAAUGUAAUGAGAAAUACUCGAUGGCGCCCUCCCUCAUUAUGGGUUCGCAACGCGCCCACUUUGAGGUCACUCCAACCUGGAGAGCUGAGGCUCUAUUCAGUCAAUCCUCUUUGGUAGAGAGUGUCGGGGGGGCUCCGUUUGUACUUUCUCAACUGUACAAAUGAUCAACUGUAGAGAGAAUUUUCAAACAAAACCACAUGUACAGCUUACCUUUUUCGAGACAAAAAGGUAAGCUGUACAUGUGGCGCUGGGUCCACAUGUACAGCCACAUUUUUGUCUCGAUAGUUGAAUCCCUGCACACCGGUGCUCUCAACGUUUGAAAAUUCUCUCUACAGUUGAUCAUUUGUACAGUUGAGAAAGUACAAACGGAGCCCCCCCAGAGUGUCUUACUGACAAAGGUAUAGUGAGCAAUACUCAGACGGCACAGUGUUUACGAAGCCACCGUCGAUAUUUAGUAGCAUUGCCAGCCGAGGGUUAAGAAGUUAUUGCUGAUAUCUUGUUGAUAUCUGGCGAUUUUCGGGGAAAGGAUUGAACAUAUUGAUGCACACGAUACUCCGUUUCUUGGUGUUAUGGUCAACCGUCGUGCAAUGACCCACAAAAUUUCAUAGUCGCGUGUUGAUUUUUGUACGUUUUUACUAACUUUCCCUUCAUUAAAAAGAAGAGGAUACCGUUUUUUGUCUUCGAUCUAUUUCUACUAUACGUACCCACAUAACGUCUGGAAACCGCUGGUUUAUUGUAUGUAAAUGUUUGAAUCUAUAUAUAAAAUAUAUAGAUUUCAUUUAAGAAAAAAUCCUCCAUGGGGCCUCAAACCCCCAGCCUUCGUGUUAUUAACAUCUAGUGCAUAUAGACAUAAUAUUUCAAUGAUUUAAAGUUUAAACAAAUUAUUUAUAAAUAAAAUGGACGGAUAUCCAGAGAGCCUCAAACGCGCGCCACGUGCGCUCAAUUCUAAAUUCACAAAAAUUUUGUGACAUUUCAAAAACGUUUGGUAAAAAUGUGCAAACGACUUUCCGCGAGGAUAAAAAUUUUUGAAUCCUUCAAUAAUGAUUUAAAUGUAAAACGGUGUAUUUUCUCUAAAAAUUAUACCAAUCAUUUCAAUGAAAAUCGCAAACACCUAAGUGGGAGGAUCGGCAAUAACUCUUUCUCUUAUUAUAUAUAGAACAAACCUAGACAUUCUUUCUGUAGAACAUUUUUCAUUACGUAUGAUUCAUUUCUUAGAUAUGACAUGAAAAGCUGCAGUUUUUGUCAAUAGAAUUCCAAUCGAAUUUCCUAAUAAAUGUGUUUGUCUAAUUAGGGAAAAAUACAACAAAUCUGAUUAAACAACCAUUUGAAAAUUAAAGAUUCAAUGAGGAGCCUCUGAAAUUAUUGAAUAUUGGCACUAACAUUACGUGUAAUGUUUCAUUUCUUACUAUAAUCAACUAAUUCCCCCUCACCUUAUGUACCAGUUGAACAAUGUUAAUGAUAUUGAUGUUGACGACCACAUUGUCUCCCAGUUAAAAAUGAAGAAUAAAUUUUAUCUGAAGUCUGCAACAAACAUAAUGCUCUAAUUAUUCCCGAGAUCAUCCAUCCAACGUCCAUUCCCAGUUAGAAGAGGAACAAUAACUCAGACCAAUGUAUAUAUCUAUUUUUAUUUAUUUAUAUUAUGUAUAUUAUGUACAAAUUAUUUUUUCGUCUUAUCUGCUACAUCCGGGUGCAAUGGAUAAAUCUUUUAUAUACACUCAUAGUAAUUUCCAAUUUUUGUUUUAGAUUACACAAAAAAAUCCACAAUCACGAAAGAAAGUAAAUCAUAUAACAUCAUAUCUUCCUUCGAAUGCAAUAAAAAAUGAAAUAUUAUUAUUUUGUUUUUAGUUUUCUCCAUUUUUGUUUCCUAUAUCGCAGCGAUAAUGCUGUUUACAUGAAUUUACUCGUUUUAUAUUUCAUAUUUUCAAUAAUUGUAUGUGUGAGUUCUCUCCAUUUACCCACAAUUUCAACUAUAUGAAGUUACUUUUAUUUUAAAUUCACAGUAGUAACUCACGUAACAUUCAUACAAUUGUAUUUUUUAUUUUAUUAAUUCAUUUAAAUUUGUUUCUCCUUGUUUUUAAAUUUUUUUCCAGUAGUGCACUUCAUAAGCAGUCGAUCAACGGUUCAAAUGAAUCUAUAAAAAUAUGUCUACUCUCACUGGCGGUGAAAUUUUAUCAUUAACUAAUACGUGUUGUCAUACAUCAUUAUGUUCAAUGAAAAAAAAAUCAUCCUUUCUACUCAUUACGUUUGUUCUCCAUCAUUGGAUCAAUCUUGUCAUUAGAGGGGAGUCACUAAAGUAUCAAGAGCUGUGAUAUGCGACCAUUAUUCGCACUACUUCUGUCACUACAUCAUUCUUUAUUACGGUCAUUUUUACUGUUUUUGGACUAAUAAAAGUGAACAGAGGAAACACUCGGUAUUUAUUAAUUUUUUAAUUAUUUUUUCCCAUCAUUUGCAUUUUCAGAUAAUCUUCGCAAAAAGGUUUGUCAGCCACAUAUACUCAAAAAGGCACGGAAUGAUAGUAGACACACAGACAUGCAGCAUUUAUUGUGACUGAAGAAUUAUUUAUCAGUGAUUUUUAUUUUCCCUUUGGUCUACCAUUUUGAGUUGAAGUAAGGGUCAUGCUUGAAAAUAAUUUAAUUGGAAUCGUAAAUUAUUGGACUAAUGCCAGCCACUUGUGGACAGUCACACUGGACCAAAUGAAAAUAAUUAAUUAUGAAAAUAUAUUGAAAUAAUAAAAUAAUUCGGAAAUCGUAACUGAACGAUAACUUGAAGAAUUUUGAAAGUCGAAAUUGAAUAAUUAUUGAGCCAAUUUGAAACCGCCAAUGAGCGCACCAAACUUCAUAUAUGAAUAAUCAUCACACACUCUCACUUAGAAAACAAUCUGAGACCCCACAGUGACCCGAAGAGUAACGAAAUAAUUCGUCAAUUGAGGACAGAAAAUUAAUAGGAAAGAAAGAAAACUAAAAAUCGUAUAAAUUCACGUGAAUCGAUUAGCAUCCAGUGAAGGAAUCUGUCAGUCUCACAUUUUAAAAAUAUCGGCAGUUUCAUAUAUUUUUAUACGCUCUGAAUGGAACAUCAUGCAUAAUAAUAUUUAAUAUUUUCUUGUUUCUUUGACUGACUAAAAGGUUUAGAAAAUGGUUAUUUAAAUUUUCUAUAACUCUCUCAAUCUCUAUUCGACUCUCGACUCUCACUGCAAUAUACUAGGCCGUUUCCUAAAUCCUAAAUUACAAUUUUUCAAAUAAUUUUUCUCCUUGUUUGUACGAUUAACGAAAAUCAAUGGAAAAUUAUUUUUAAAAACACCAUUUAACGAUGGUAAUUAAUCGAUUCCACAAUUAAAAAAAAAUAAUAAUGUUAGUGUGCAGUAAAUUCUACGGAGAAGCGAUUCAGAUAAAUUUACUAAAGAGCAAGAACGAAAGGAAAAAGAAAAAAAGGGAAAAAAAAACAGGAAGAAACUAAUUACCGCAAUUAAGCUUUAAUUACGGAAGAAAAAUUUGCUCACUUUUCAAAUGGUGAAUAUGAAAAACAAAGAAAUGUUUGUAGACCCAUCUUUUUACAAUACACAUUGCUCGUAGUAUUAAAAAAUCAGACUUUCUAGGCCUGUGGCCCAUGAAACCGAGUACAUUUACAUUGUGUUGGUUUUUAUUGAUUAUUUUCUUUAAUUAUUCAUUAAUAUCAUUAAUAUUAUUCAUUUUUUGUGGGAUCCGGUCGAAUCACAGUUUAUGCUGAUCCAUGACAUUUUUACCAGCCUCGAGUAUCGACGUUUUUUAAAAAUUUCAUUGAAAUCAUUAAAACGCAAUAUAUUUACUGCCUUGGAUCCCCAUAAAUAGUGACAACUCGUACCAAUUUCACCAUUACUCUCUAAUUGAUUUUAAAUUAUUCAUAAUUAACAUUGGAUUUUGUAGAUCCUCCUCGUGAUAAUUUUUAAGCUUUUUAGGUUUAAUUCAUGACUACUCAUGAUAUUAAUUUGUUUGAUAACCUGCAUUGGCGUGAGAUGAUAGUUAUUAAGUAAUUUCACAUUUUAUCGUUACCGUCCUCCCCGUUUGAAUUCAAAUACGUUUUUAGUCGUAGGAUUGCGGAAAGUAUUUCAAUGAUCGAGAGUGUCAGCAGUUGAGUGUCCAAUAUUUUUAAUUAAAUCAAUACCGCGAUUUUAUUAGUCAGAUCCAAGGCAUUGCUAUCGUCCUCUUUUAAGUAUCUGCAUAUUUAUUAAUCCUCAAUUCUUAUUAUUAAUUCAUUUCUUUUUGUUUUGUCAACUGUUUUAAUGUGACUCAUAAUUACGAUAAUUGGAAAUUAGUUUUCUAUCCCAUUGUUGUUCGAAUAUUAGUAUUUUGACGAAUAAAACAGGGGGGAAUUAAUGGAUAAAUAAUUGAUAAGGAGCACAAUGUAUCCACGGCAUUCAUGAAGCGUGUACUACCCAUUUUUUUGAUAUUCUUAUCAUUAACGAACAUAUUUUUAAAUACGCAAUUUUGCGAAUUUAUUAUCCACUAAAUCGAGAUGAAUGCCGUUAUUCUUCCUCAGCCAAUAUCAUUUAUACGUUAAUUCUUUGUUUUUUCUAUUUUGCAUUAUUAUUUUUGUUCUUUUUUUGCUUUUUACAUAUUUUGUUGUAUUCUUUUAAUUUGGUAACUUUUUUUAUUGAUAAACCCUAAGGAAUGCGUAUUCCUCUCAGCAUUUUAAAUUCAUUUUGUUGUCAAUGUAA